CCGCCCUAUCAACCAUGUUGGAAACCACUGAGAAGUGCGACAUGCGGGAAGUCUCUUUCGGAUCAUCUCUACACUUGACACACCGCACAGCCCUGAAAUGGACGAUCGCGCGUUAGAUCUGACAGAUGCGAUGAAAGAAACUAAAUCCAAGUAUCCUUCAAUUACAAAAAAAUAUGAAUAUUUGGAUCAUACAGCCGAUGUACAAAUUCAUUCCUGGGGAGACACUCUGGAGGAAGCCUUCGAACAAUGUGCCAUGGGCAUGUUUGGCUACAUGACGGACACCGAAACAGUGGAACCCAUCGAUACUGUAGAAGUGGAGUCAGAAGGGGAAGACUUUGAAUCAUUACUCUUCCACUUCCUAGACGACUGGCUGUACAAGUUUAGUGCUGAUAUGUUCUUUAUUCCUCGGGAGGUCAAAGUUUUGUCUAUUGACAGAAUGCAUUUUAGGAUUCGCUCCAUCGGGUGGGGUGAAGAAUUCUCACUGUCGAAGCAUCCACAGGGUACGGAGGUGAAAGCCAUCACAUACUCUGCAAUGCAAAUCCACGAUAAAGAAAAACCAGAGAUAUUUGCAAUUAUUGAUAUCUGAUACCUCAAAAUGAUGGUCACACAGCUAGUUCAUUAGGACUGGAGUACAUUUAUGGCCAAAUUAAAUGGCCUUUUUAUGUAAGAACUUGAUGAUUUAAUUGUAAAAUAUAAUUUGCUGCUUUUGGGUUCUGUGAUAGGUUAGAAAUGUAUGAUACUACAUUAACUAUUAAUAGCUUAUGAAUUGUCUGAAUAUUUCAAUCAUGAUUAAUUUUUGAAAGGGUUAUCAAUGUUGUUGUUUUUUACUGAAUAUUUAUUCUAUUAAGAAAAACAAUGCUUCUUAAGUCCAUCAAUCAAGAAUUUCCUUCCAUACGGGAUAAGGUGGUUAGAAAAUAGAUGGAGGGAUGGAAAAUGCACUCCUUUAACUUUUUCUUGAAUCUUUGUACAUCAAGGGUCACCAAAAUUGUGCUUGUGACCUUUUCCAACCAUAGAUGAUGAGUAGUUUUAUAAAAUCUGCUAUUUCAGAUGUAUGUAUCAAUCUGAUAGCACAAUUGCAUGAAUUACGUACCUCAGUUAAAAAAAAGGUUGCUGACCCCUGAUUGAAUGUAAGUAAAUUGCCUUUGCAUUGUUUUGUGGUAACUGUUGUUGGAAAUUAAAUAUAUUUUGAAAAAAUGCAAUCUUAAA